AUGCACUUCCAAAUCUCUUUUACCUCUCCUGAAAAUCUCACCCGGGUAUCUGAGUUCAUUCUCAUAGGAGUCUCAAGUCAGCCAGAACUCCAGGUCCCCCUUUUCUUUGUCUUCCUACUGAUCUAUGCAUUGACUGUGGCUGGGAACGUGGUCAUCAUCACCCUCACCAGUGUAGACUCUCGACUUCAAACCCCCAUGUACUUUUUCCUCCGACACUUGGCUAUCAUCAAUCUUAGCAAUUCUACUGUCAUUGCCCCUAAAAUGCUGGUCAACUUCUUGGUUAAGAAGAAAACUAUCUCAUACUACUCCUGUGCAACUCAACUUGGUGGAUUUUUAGUUUUCAUUGUGGCAGAGAUUUUCAUGUUGGCCGCAAUGGCCUACGACCGCUAUGUGGCCAUUUGCAAUCCCUUGCUCUACAUGGUGGUAGUAUCUCGACAGACCUGCCUAACGCUAGUGUCCCUGGCAUACAUCUAUGGCUUUUUUACAGCUAUUUUGGUUCCAUCUUGUGCAUUCUCUAUGUUUUAUUGUUCUUCCAAUGUUAUCAAUCAUUUUUACUGUGACAUUGUUCCCCUGUUAGCCUUGUCCUGCACUGACACUUACUUCCCAGAGACUGUAGUCUUUACUUCUGCAGCUACAAAUUUGGCGAUCUCGAUGUUUGUAGUUCUCAUAUCCUAUUUCAACAUUAUUCUGUCUAUUCUCAGGAUACGCUCAGCAGAAGGAAGGAAAAAGGCCUUUUCUACCUGUGCUUCACACAUGAUGGUGGUCACAGUGUUCUAUGGGACACUAUUAUUCAUGUAUUUGCAGCCUAAAACUGACCAUUCGUUAGAUACUGAUAAAAUGGCUUCAGUAUUUUAUACACUAGUAAUUCCUAUGCUGAAUCCUAUGAUAUACAGCUUGAGGAACAAAGAUGUGAUAGCUGCUUUCAAGAGACUUCUGUCAAACUCAUGCUAUUUUAAAGCAAAGUAA